AUGACAGUGGCCCUGGUGUCCCUGCUCUGCCUUGGGUUCAGUCUGAGUCAGAGGAUCCGAGCACAGCAUGGUGAGUACUUCCAGAUUUUCCUGGAGACCCUCCCCAAGCCCACCCUCUGGGCUGAGCCAAGACCUCUGAUCUAUUCAAGGCAUCCAGGAGCCAUCUGGUGUCAGGCGUCCCUGGAGGCUCAGAGGUACCUUCUGAGCAAAGAAGGAAGCCCAGAACCCUGGGACACGCAGCAGCCACUGGAGCCCAGAGACAAGGCCAAGUUCCUCAUUGUACACAUGACAGUGGACUAUGCAGGGCGAUACCACUGUCAGUACUGUACUCAGUCCGGAUGCUCAGCACGCAGUGACGUCCUGGAGCUGGUGAUGACAGGAGACUUUGAUAAACCCACCCUCACAGCCGUUCCCGUCCCUGGGGAGGCCCCAGGCGGGAAGAUGUCCCUCCAGUGCGGCUCACGGUUGGGAUUUGAUAGGUUUGUUCUGUUGGACGAGGGAGACCCCAGGCGCUCCUGGACCCUGGACUCACAGCAACUCUCCAGUGGACGUUAUCAGGCCGUGUUCCCUGUGGACCCUGUGACCAGUCACAGGCGGACAUUCAGAUGCUAUGGGUAUUUCAGGACCCAGCCUUAUAUGUGGUCGGACUCCAGUGACAUCCUGGAAUUCCCGGACACAGGUGAGGAGCCAGGGCCUCGACUGUACAGGAAGCCCUCUCUCUGGGCCCAUCACGGCCCCAUUGUGGCCUCUGGAGAGAGCCUGACCCUCACGUGUCACUCUGAUGUCAGAUAUGACCGAUUUGCUCUGUCUAAGGAGGGGACACUGCACCCCUCCCAGACUCCUUCUGGGCAGCCCCAGGCUGGGCUGUCUCGGGCUGACUUCCUCCUGGGUCCCAUGAGCCACAUCCAUGGGGGCCAGUACAGAUGCCAUGGUGGAUACAAUUUCUCCCAAGAGUGGUCACCCCCCAGUGAGCCUGUGGACAUCCUGGUCUCAGGACAGCUCCCCUUCACACCCAUCCUCAGGGUAUCCGCGGGCCUUCCAGGGACCUCAGAAGAGAAUGUGACCCUCCAGUGCAUGUCACCAAACCGAGUGGACGCUUUCCUUUUGCUCAAUGAGAGAGGAUCAGAUCUGCCCCUUCGUGUGAGAGCCCAGCAGCAAGGUCAAGUACAUCAGUCCAACUUCACCUUGAGUCCUGUGACCUCAGCCCAGUGGAGGGACUACAGAUGCUAUGGUUCAUCUGACACUUCCCCCUACCUGCUGUCCCACCCAAGCAGCCCCUUGGAGACGGUGAUGCCAGCCCCCACAUCCCAGGAUUAUGUGGUGGAGAACUGUGUUCGCCUGGGCCUGGCUGGUGCGGUCUUACUGACCCUGAUGGUGUUCCUGUCAGAAGCUUGGCACAGCAGGUGCAGAUCCCAACGUGGUUCCACAGGAUGA